CCAAGGCAGACCUGUGUCUCUGUUCUUCGCCGCCCAAGGCGAAUCCAUCAGACGGGCCAUAGCGGAUGAACAACCCCAUCCUCGUAGAGCUGGUCGACGGCGGUGAGACAUAGCCUCCUCCGUCAGUCAGCUGGGGUAACAGCCGGAGUAAGCAAGAGGAUUUUCAUUCAAGGGGCGUUAUUUCUAGAGGGAGGAGAUGUCCAAUUUAUUUAGUGGGAUCCAAGCAGCUAUGGUUAUCAAUCGAGUAGAGAACAGUGAACAGUCACAUGAAGAUUGGAAUAGCGACUGUGAUGGAUCCGGUGGUUCAAUAGGCUUGCCUAGUACGCCAUGCUUCACGUCCAGGCUUUCUCUGCUCAAAGUUGGUUCGGUCAUAGGCCAAUUCAGUGAUUUUAAGUGACAGUUAAUCAGGGAAACCUGAUUCAAUGGAAUGCUAGAGCUUAAAUCAUGGCAGAAGAUCAACCUUAAGUAUAGCGCUUACCUAAUGGACAGGGUUGAUGUAGAUUCCAGCAUAAUAAAUUUAGAGGGCCAAGGUGUUCUUGAAUUAUGCGACCAGCACCUGAACUAUGUAUUUGGCAUCCCAUGUGGCAAUUCAGUCAUAGAAGGUGAAGGCGUUGAGCCGUCUGAAGCAUGCAUUGAGUACACGCGUGUGGCUGCAUCAUUUAGUGACAGAGGCACGCAUAGUCUUAAAGCGGUUGAGGCGUACUUAACUCGAGACAUCACAGAAUCAUCCACACAUAUAGAGCAGGACUGUUUCAAGAUUGUAUUUGUUAUUUUUGUAGUCGGUCAUGUACUUGCCCCUACGGCUAAGCACGAUUACAUAUCGAUAGACUUCUGGGCUGCACUGAAUGAUAUCAGCAAGAAAAAGGAUUGGAAUUGGGCAGGAUAUGUACUGAAGCAUCUGUUCCAAGCUGUGAGGAAGUUUAAGGCAGAUGUGUCCAAGAGAAACCCAACCGUCCACAUAGUUGAUUGUCAUCUAUUCUUGCAGCUCUUCGUGCUAGAUAGUCUCGAUCUAGGCGUUCUAAGCAUGUUGUGAGGUGUAACACCACAGAUAGGUCUGUACGACUAUGACGCGAUGAAGAAGAUGGUUGAAAAAAUUACAGUCAAUGUUGGUGCAGGUGAAGUUUCCUACCAUGGUGCAACGGUAAGGACCGAGCUGUCAGCGAGCAACCUAAUUGGCUUCGCUUCUAAGAAAACUUUCACAACAAAGCCAGCAAACUCGGCACCGGCGCCCAAGAGGGAAAUGCCACAUGCUCGCCAAUGUUGCGAAGUAGUUAUGCCAAAGCUGGUCCGCAUGAGUUUUCAAAUUACAUACGAACACGCUACCCAAGCAUAUUAGCACAGAAGCUUGGUAUACUUCUACGGGAGCAGAACGCCCGCGGCCUAGCAAACAUAUCAGAAAUGCAUCAAGCAUUCCAGUCCAAUAUGUUUAAUUUCACAGACAAGCUUAUGGCGUGCUUAGCAGAGAAUUGCACUUGUUGUAAGACACAUGGGAACAAAACAUGCAUAUUGGGUAAUGAAGGAACAAAUACUUGUGAUGCACCCCCUCAUGUAUCAACAGAUCAAACUCAAUUCAGCACCCCACUAGUCAGCAAGACUGGACCCCGACUACCAGCACCAGGCAACCCUGGAGCAUGCCUGUCUGUCAAUAGUUUCGUGUCUAGUAAAAGGGAUGGCAGUUUAUCAUCAAGCAUACAGUCGGGCACAUCAAAGGAAACAUGUUCACGCAAGACAGAGACCGCCCUCGCUGCAACACCAACAUGUGGGCAAAACCCACUCAAUCAGAUUCCCAUAUCCCAGGAUGCAACCGUCAAGGAAAUUGCGAGCAAAAAUGCUGCUUUUUAUGAUGACCUAACAUCCAUCUUGGUUACUUACUAUGCUGAGAUACGUCCAGCCCCUGGCUUCAUAUUGUUUGGAUCAACCAUCGAUGGAGCACAUGUGAAGAUCGAUCUACCUCAAUGCAACUUUGGAAGAGAUCCAUGGGUCGCUGGAUUAGUCUUAGUACCACCAAUCCCAACUGUACUCAGGGCCAUAAAAGACUGGAUGAGUGCAACCUCCAUGCUAAACCUCGAGAGGAAAGAUCACAUUCCCUGUGCAGUAAUCUUCUUAUGGAAUGCUCACAUGCAUUUUUCAUCUUCUGGUUUAUUAACCGCAUCUUCCCAAUCAAACAGUUGCAGGGAAUGGAUCGUGCAUCCUAAGCCAAGACUCAUAACAUUAGAGGUACUGGACAGAUAUGGAGGAAAUUCGUCGAGCCCGACUUUGCUACAACUGUUUUGGCGAACGCGGACCCAAUGAUCGUACAAUCAAUCAGGGAUAGCUUCCAAGAAGGAACAUCAUCCUGCAACCCAGCUUCAUGUCGAAUGUGGUACAUCCCGACGAUACUACCUGAUGGUUGGACCGUUUAUGCUUUUGAUAUGUUGCGGAAAAGAAUAAUUGUAUUAGACCCAGCUAUUGGACCGUUUGGGUAUAGCAACCGCCGAGUCAGCAUGCAUGAAUUUGUUAGCAACAAGCUCCACGCCGCGUUAUUCACAUGCCUCCAGAGUUUCUUCAGCUCUUGGCAUUGUGAAUCAGGCCACUGGGGACGCACUUUCCCGAUCAUAAUUAGGGAAACGAUUGAGAAAGAGCAGACUGGGUUGUGUGCCACCUUCUUUGCAUGGAAUUACGACGGCGACAAGCUACAGACACCACUAAAUAAAGACACGCUUGCAUCACACAGAAGCCUGAUGAUCUAUGAACUAAUGAGGAUGCAAGGCAACCAAACUCCAGUGGCAAACGAUGCCCUUGAAGCGGUGAAAGUAUCGUUCACUGCUCUUUAGAAUAGCGUUCUUGUCUGUGUCAUUCUUAACUACCGGAAACCUCUUUCCCAAAUGGAUUGUGUUACAACUAGAGAUUACAACUAUUUAGGGCCACCUAGCCCAAAACCAUGCCUGACCAUCGGGUCCUACUUAUUUGUAUCGAGUGCAAAUUUCUAGCAUAUCUAGUAGAAACUCAAGUUCAUAUGCAA